AUGACGGGGCGCGACGGGUCCGCGGGGGCGGACGGCGCGUCCACGUCAAACGACGGGGCGUCCGCGUCUUCUUCGCCGCCGCGUAAGCACCCGUGGCGGUGGCACCCCUCCCGCGCGCGUCACCACGAGUCCGACUCUCACCCGACCUGGCUCCGGCGGAGGAGGCACAUGUUCAUCGUGAGCGACGCGGGGAAGCCCCUGUGGUCGCGGUACGGCGGCGAGGACUCGCUCGCGGGGUUCACCGCCGCGCUCUCCGCGAUCGUCGCCUUCGUCGGCGACGACGGCGACGCGCUUCGAUCCGUCGGUUGGCUGGGAUCCACCGCAGACGCGAGCGGCGCACGCCCCCGCCGGCCGCACGAGUUGACGGUGCUGCGACGCGGUCCCAUCGUGCUCGCGGCGAUGACGUCCACGGGAGAGUCCCCGGCCGCGCUGCGCAGGCAGCUUCACCUGCUCCACGCGCAGCUCAUCGCCCUCCUCACGCGCGCGGUGGAGCGCGCGCUGACGCGAUCGUCCAAGUUCGACGCCCGGGGCCGGCUCCUGGGCGGCGGCACCGACGCGCUGCUCGGGACGCUGGCGCAUCGCAUGACGUGGGAUCCGGGGUGCUGGAUGCGCGCGUGGGCGCCGCUGCCGUUACCGCCGCAGUGGAGGGAGAAGUGCGUGAGAGCGCUGAGGGACGGGUUGGUGCGGGUGAUGGGCGGCGCUGGGGCCGGCGCGUUGGUGGGGGUGUUACUCACCGAUCGGCACGUCGCCGCAAUCGCCAACGCGGAUCCCCGAGCGGGAAGAUCGGCGACUGUAACGGCGUCCUCGACUCCAUCGUCGUACUCCUCCCCCGCCGGCGGCGACCGGCGCGCGAUCGGCACCGCCGGGGGUGGUGGUGCCCGGGCGUCACGGGGACGUGCCAGUUACUACGCGGGGAUGGACCCGGACGACGUCAUCACCCUGUGCAACACGGUUCGAUCCGGCGCGAGUUUCCGAUCCAACGAAGAGAGCUUCGCGCCCGUGUGCCUGCCAAACUACGACGCCGACGGGUUCGCGUUCGCGUACGUCGCGUACCUGCGCACGAGCGACGGCGAAGUGGGUGGGUCCUCACCCGAGGACGAACCCGGAGGUCGCGGGAUCGAUUCCCGUGACGAGUCUUCGAACGAGGAGGGCGGGGUGUGCCUGGUUCUGGUGUCCACGUCUCGCGACUCGUUCCCGGCGGCGGCGGAGGCGCGAGCGCGGGUCGAGGAGACGCUGCGGCGGGAAGGGCUCCUGGACCGCAUAGCCGCCCGCGUCCGGUCCCGGUCACCGUCGUUCGACGUCGGCGAUUCGAUACCGGGUUCGAUCGCGAUACCUCGCGACGUCCCGGCCGCCGCCGGGGGCGGCGGCGUCGCGGGCACCCCGCUCCUUCACUUCGUCUACCUCCGCCCGCCCCUCGGCCAGUACGUCGCGCCGGACUGGUCCCCGCCCCUGCACGGCCGCCGCGAGCAGAAGCGGCUGCUUCGGACGUACCAGCGGGUGUUUCACUCGAUGAAUCGGUGGUGGCCGAGCCGACGGGAAUGGGACGACGACCCGUUUGUUUCCAAGAAUACGUCGGGUGAGUCCCGGGGCAAGUCGGGGGACGCCGCCGAGGCGGGCUCGCCGCUCGCCGCGUUCUUCGGCGGGCUCAGAAUCUCCUCGGGCGGGGGCGGGGGCGGGGGGGCUGGGGGGGAGGACGGCGGGUCCGUCGCUGGCGCCGACGACGACGUCCGCGAUCGAAGGGUGCACUACGAGGUUUGCGACGACCACGUGCUGCUGGGAUGUGUCGGGAGCGACUUUGAGCUCUACGUCGCGCUUGAUCCCCUGACGCGGAGGAGCGCCGCCGUGGCGGUGUGCAACAGGCUGUGCGCGUGGCUCCGCGCCGAGGAGGCCGGACUCUUCGCCGUGUGCUAA